CCGCACAGAGCAACUGCCACUAGGCAUCAUGCUGCACCGACUUGGCCGCCGCUCGACUGCCACUUCCGCCCAGCGGUCACUGCGCCGAUCAGCCAUGACGCCACCGCAGCGCCAAUCCUUUCAUUUCAGCUCGUCAGCACGCAAGCCGGCAUCUUUGGAUGCUCAGAACCGCGUAGCUGGUGCUGCCUCCUUUUUCCUGGACGCCAAGGCCGUUUGCAAGGGCAAGCGCUGUGCAUUGGGCAAGAACAACAGCGGUAUUGGAGCUAACCCGGCCACAUGCGGGGAGGAUUCGUUCUUCCUCACACCUGACGUGGUGGGCGUGGCUGACGGCGUCGGUGGUUGGAACGAGAACGGCGUGGAUCCAGGCAAGAUAUCGCGCUCGCUAAUGCGCAACGCGGCAUUAUUUGUGCAGCAGCAGACGGCCAAUAGCGAGAGUGCCACCACGCAACAGGUUCUGGCUCACGGCUACAAGCAGGCGCUGCUGGAUGACGAGGUGGAGGCGGGUAGCACGACAGCCUGUAUCGUGAGACUGAAGCAGUCGUCUGAGGGCAAACCCGUGCUUGAGUACUCGAACCUCGGAGAUUCUGGCUUCGUGGUCAUCCGCAACGGCGAGAUAAUCUUCCGCAGUAAAUUUCAGUAUUAUGGACGUGCUCCGUACCAACUGGCAAAGAUCCCUCUGCGGUUUAAGCAGUAUGGUGCUAUUGAGAAUCACCCUGAUGAUGCGGACUCGGGUGAGAUUGACGUGCAAGACGGAGACCUCGUUGUACUAGCCACUGAUGGUGUUUGGGACAACUUCGCCCCCGACCUCCAGAAAGCUCCUUCGCAGUUCCCGCCGAUGCUCUCCUGGCGAAGAUAUUGGUCAGGUGAACUCGCAUCUUUUGUGGAUGUUAUUGCAGAGAACCCCGACAAGGCUGCCGAAAAUAUCGUCCUGGCCUCGCUCCGCCACAACCUUAAGCCCGACGACAUCACUGUCGUCGUGGCAAAGGUAGUCGUGAUGGCAUCAAAGCUGUAG